AUGGCAAGUUCCGGAAUCUCUCAACCUCUUCCAAUAUUUGACGGCGAAAACUAUGAUUUUUGGUGUAUCAAAAUGAAAACUCUUUUCCUUUCAUUGGAUCUAUGGGAUCUAAUAGAAAAAGGAUUAUCACCGACGGAAAGAACCUCUGCUGCAGAAAAGAAGAAUCAACAAAAUGAUGCGAAGACAUUAUUUUAUCUUCAACAAGCAGUAAGUGAUGUCAUCUUCCCGAGGAUCAUGGGAGCAACUUCGUCCAAGCAGGCGUGGGAAAUCUUGCAAAACGAAUUCCAAGGGAGUUCCAAAGUCAAAACCAUAAAGCUUCAAAAUUUGAGAAGGGAGAUGGAAAAUCUCAAAAUGAAAAAUUCUGAGAAUGCUAUGCAAUAUAGCACCAGAAUGAUCGAUCUCAUCAAUCAAAUGAGAACUUAUGGGGAAACUAUUGAAGAAGAAAGAAUUGUUCAAAAGUUCUUGAUUACUUUGACGGAAAAGUACGACCAUGUAGUCGCCGCAAUUGAAGAAUCUAAGGAUCUAUCAACUCUAACCCUUACCGAACUCAUGGGAUCUUUACAAGCACAUGAGCAAAGGAUGAAUCGCAACAGUGAAGAGAAUUUGGAAAGUGCCUUCUAUUCCAAAACCAACUUGAAUAAAUCGAGUGGUCACAAAAAGAAAGGCAUAAAUCAUGAACAAACCUCCAUCAAGAGUAGUAAGGAGAUUUAUCCCCCAUGUAGUAUUUGUAAAAUGACAAAUCACAUGGAGAAGGACUGUUACCACAAAGGCAAACCUCAGUGUACAAACUGUAAAAAGUUUGGACAUUUGGAGAAGUUUUGUCGCUUCAAAGGAAAGCAAUUUCAAGCAAAUUACUCUCAAGCAACUGAAGAGAGUUUGUUCUUUGCUAGUCAUAUUCCUAACGAAGAAGAAGACUGCUUGUUCUGA